CGCCUCCUCAAGGCCCUCCCGAGCGCAGCGUGUCGCGCUCGCACUGUUGCUUUUGGAACUAUGUGCAACGCGUUCCAGUCCGAGGCCCCUCGCACCAAGCGCUCGCCCGCCACUUCCUUCGUCGGCCGUUUCGAGGCGAACGCGGAGUUGCUGGGCGAGGAGCGGCUCUAUAGCUGGCUGACGGCGGAUGCCAGCGAGGAGGCGACCCUCUCGUACGCCGAGAUGCGGGCCCGCUGCCGGGCUGUCUGUGUGGCGCUCCGGCGGCGUUGGGGCGCGAGCACAAACGACCGGCUUAUGCUGGUGUAUGCGCCCGGCCUCGAGCUGCUGGUGGCCUUCUUCGGGUGCCAGUAUGCGGCGGUGAUCGCUGUGCCCUACUACCCUCCCGUCCUCCCGCUCACGCCCCUCCCGUCGGUCGGCGCCAAGCGGCUGCUGGCCGACGGGCUCGCAAAGGUCAAGCGGAUUGCCGAGUCGUGCACACCGCACGCCUUCCUGUCGACGCGGACGUACGUGCGCGCCUCGUGGCUGGCCAGCAAGCUCGUGCGCGAGGCCGAGUGCAGCUGGCCGCCCGAGUGGACCUGGCGCUGCACCGAUGAGGUCUCCCCCCGCCUCGGCCGCGGCGACGCCGACUGGCUCAGCGAAUGGCUGCCCGGCCGCUGCGAGCCGUCGCCGCGCGACGAGGUCUCCUUCCUGCAGUACACCUCCGGCUCCACCGGCCACCCGAAGGGCGUCGCCAUCGGCACGCGCAACUUGCUCGCCAACGUGCUUGCCAUGUCCUACUCUUCCACCACCACAAACAGCUUCCCCCCGCCGGGCUCGCGCAUCGCCAUGGUCUCGUGGCUGCCGCAGUACCACGACUUUGGGCUCAUCGCGGGCUCCCUCUCGACGGCGAUGCAGGGCUACCGCUCCGACCUCCUCUCCCCCUUCACCUUCAUCAAGCACCCCAUGUCUUGGCUCCUCGCCAUCUCGCGCCUCCAGCACUCGCACCUCGUCAUCUCGCCGUCGCCAAACUUUGGCUUCGCCCUCUGCACGCGCCGCGCAAAGCCGCACCACAUCGCGAAGCUGCAGCUCUCGCACUGGAAGGCGGCCUUCAACGGCGCCGAGCCCAUCCGCACGCGCACGCUCGCCGACUUCGACGCAAAGUUCGCGCCGUGCGGGUGGCACCCCUCCUCGUGGGCAUGCCUCUACGGCCUCGCCGAGACGUGUGUGUACGGCUGCGGCGUCGCCGAGCCUCCCGUCGUCCUCGAGGUGCCCCGCUCACGGCUCGGCCCGGGCGACGCGCCGAUGCCGCUGCAGCCGGGCGACGACAACCUGAUCGAGUUCCCCGGCUGCUUCGUCGAGGAGGCGGCGCUCACCGGGCAGCGCUUCGCGAUCUCGCACCCUGAGACGGGGCUGCCGCUGCCGGACGGAGUGGUUGGCGAGGUCCGGAUCCGAGGCGCGAGCGUCGCCCUCGGCUACUGGCAGCAGCCGGAGCUGAGCGAGCAGACCUUCCGCACGCCCCUCGCCCUGCCCGCGCCGCCCUCCGCGCUGAGAGAGGAGAAGGGCGCGGCCGUGGGCGAGCGGGGCAGCGGCGGCGGCGGCGGCGGCGGCGGCGGCGGCGGCGGCGGCGCGGGUGGUGGCGGGGAGCUGCCUCCGUGCGGAAAGGGUGAGCCGUUCCUUUGCACGGGCGACCUCGGCUUCGUGUGGGAGUCGCGGCUGUACAUCGUCGGCCGCAUCAAGGACAUCCUCUGCAUCCGCGGCCGCACGCUGCACGCGCACGACAUCGAGACGUGUGCGGAGGCAGCCCACACUGCGAUGCGACCCGGCUGCUGCGCCGCGCUGCCGGUGGUUCCGCCGGACACGGGGCAGGACACGGACGGCGAGGCGCUCGUUCUCGUGGCCGAACUCAAGCCCGAGGCGGAGAAGGAGGCUGCCGCGGGCGGCGGCGCGGCGAUCGCCGAGGCGGUUCGCGACGGGGUUCGCGAGGCGGAGGGCGUCAAGGCGUACGCGGUGGUGCUGCUCCGCGCGCGCACCAUCCUCAAGACAACCUCGGGCAAGCUGCGCCGCCGCGAGCUCCGCCUUGCAUACGCCGAGCUCGACGACGCGGUGCGCGCCGCCGCAGCCGCCGCCGCCGACGGCCGCAAGGCGGAGCCGGCGCAAAAACUGCGCGUGCCGCUCGACGCCGUGCUCCACUUUUGGCGCGACGCCGGCAAGCCGGCGCGCAAGGCUGCCGAGCCGGACGCGGAGCCCGACCCGGCCGCGGGCGGCGGGUUGGCCGUGUCCUUGCAGGAAGGUUCCGAGAAGGUUCAGCUGCCCGUGAGGAGUGUGCCGAGGAACGACUCGGAGCUGAGCGCGCUCGGCACAGCGCGCGGCUCCGAGCCGUCGCGAGAGCCGUCGCGCGGCGACGCUGCCGGCAAGGCGGAGGCGGAGCUGGACGACGCCGGCGGGGGAGGGCCGUCGGCGACGGAGCAGCUGGGCUCAGGCGCGGAGCUCGACUCUCUCGACGGUGAGAGGCGCGAGGCGGGGCGGGAGAUGAUGCUCGCCGCCGCCGAGGGCGCCGCCGAGGACGGCUGCUCCCCCGGCAUGGGCUGGGCGCUCCGCCGCACGUACCUGCUCGCGUGGGGCCUGCACAUCCCCGCGGACGGCUCUCUGCACGCCACGUCGGCGCCGGCUGGAGGUCGCGCGUCCGGCUCCGAGCUGGGCAGUUGCGUCGAGGGCUUGGCCGAGCUGCUGCACGGCUGCAAUCUCUCGGGCUCGAUGGCCGCCGCCGGCGCGUGGUUCGAGGAGCAGGGCUUGGACACGGUGGCGGAGCUCAAAAAGGCGCGGAUGGAGGCUGACUUUGUGGCGGCGCUUCAGCUGAAGCCUGGCAAGGAGCGAGUCCUCCUCGCGGACAUCGACUCCUUCUACUAGUCAAACUAGCGGCGAGGCCCGCGCCCUGCCCGCGGCUCCGGAUGUGGCACAUUAAAUGUGGUCGCAAUGUGGUUGGCCGUGCUUGCCUAGUGCUCCGGGCUCCGGCUCUCCGCGCGAGAUGCGGGCGAGAGAGUACACGCGGCGCUAUACGCGCCGGCCCUCCCUCUAGUACCACCGCUCUACACACAUGUCUUUGUUCAUAUCGCGGCAUCGGGGUACACAACACAGCCGUACCGAUCUUACCGCUCUGUGGUGAUGCGCAUGAGUCUCUCACUUCGGGCUGUGUGGUGUGUCUCUCACAGCCGAGGGAUAUGUGUUGUCCAAGCAUGUUCAUACGCUCGAGAUAUACGAUUCUCUGUGUGUGUGUGGAUACAGUAUAUACACGGAUGUUAAUCAUAUUGUGAAAAUUGAUCUUUGUCC